GACACAUUAGAUCAAUAUAUAGAAGACUUCCAGAAAAAGAGAAUAUUGCCAAGACUUUGCGCAGUCACAUAACUCUUUAAAAGAGAAAAGGUAGCUUUCCAAGGGAUUGAGAACAGCUCAGUCUUCAAAGAACAGAGAACAGGCCCUUGAACUCAUACUUGAAGAAUGGCAGAUCAUAUGAAGCUCCUAUACACUAUUUUUCUAUUUACAAUAACAGAGUGUGUCCUCUCCCUGCCUCUGAGCGCUCCCCUGUCUGACCCACGAGGCCCGUACUUUAUGUCUAUCAGUGGGCCCAGCGUAGUAACGGCCGGGGUGCCAACAAAGUUCAUCUGCUCAGCAGACUGCACCCCAGAGUGUGUCUACACCUGGCGGGUGUCUGGGAAGGAAGUGGAGGGGGACGUCUUGACUCUGGCGGUCAGUGGCCGGACUGAGAGCCUGGAGCUGGAGUGCACUGCCGUCAACCCUGCCAGCAACAACUCACGGAGCACCAGCAAGACCGUGGAAAUAAACAAUCUGGUAAUAGUGAAGCCCACCACCAGCUCUAAUCCCCGGGAGGGCCAGGCCUUCGUGCUGGCUUGUCAGGGCUCAGGCCCCACCAUCGCCACCGCCUGGUUCAAAGACGGUCAACCCCUCGCCACUGACACCAGGGUGCUUCUCAGCAAGAACAAUGUCACGCUAGCCUUCAGCUCUCUGCUGCCCUCCGAUGGUGGCUAUUUUGAGUGCGAGGUGGCAAACAGCACCAUCACCGUGACUAGCAGAGGGUACCUGCUGAGCUUUGGGACAAUAGCUGUUAGCAUCCUUGGCCCAAACACAGUGGAGGCCGGGGUAGAGCACAACUUCACCUGCCAGGCCAACUGUGAGCUGCCCUGCUCCAUCUCCUGGAGGUUCUCCCACGGCUUCCCCGAGGGCUCCUUCUCGCUCAGGAGAACUGAGAUCAGAUGGACCCCGGCUAGACCCGGAAUGGUCCAGUUGUUCCAGUGCAUCGCAGAGAACUCACUGGCCCAGCGAAUGGCCCAAGCCACUAAGAAUGUGACAGUUCUUGCACGCCCUACCACCCCGGCCCCCCAUCCUACCCCCAGUGGCUCUGUGAUGGUGAGACCAGCGCUAGCUCUGAUCUCCAUGGUCAGCCUGCAACUGCUGUUUGCCUUGCCUGUCUAGUGGGGGCGCUCCUGUUCCACUGAGUGACAUAUUGCAUGGAGCCUUGUUUACAAUACACCGAGCCAAACUGCACUUUUACUAAAUGGAGUAGUCGCCCUGUUCAUUAAAUGUUAAUUAGGUAUUGAAAGGUCUUCUGUGGAAAUGUGUAUGUCUUUGGUUACAUGUCUUUUACCAAAGUCUUUCCUGAUGCAAAGAAAUUCACUGCAAUGUAUACAUCAAUUUAUCUUUGUAUUUUUUUGUUUUCUCAGACAUAUUGCUACUCAGACAUAACAGAAUACAUUUUGCUCUAGAUAAAUGUGCCACAGGCGAAUAAAAGAUUUUACACAUA